AUGGUAGCCAAAGGAAAUGGAACCGCCAGUGUUCACUUUGUCCUCUUGGGAUUGUCUGAGCAGGGCCAUGUCCAGGUUGUCCUGUUUGUGGUGUUCCUGGUGAUCUAUGUGGUCACCCUGCUGGGGAAUGUGGGGCUGCUGGUGUUGAUCAGGCUGGUUGCCCAGCUCCACACGCCCAUGUACUUCUUCCUGAGCAGCCUGUCCUUCCUUGACCUCUGCUAUUCCUCCUGCAUCCCUCCCAGGCUGCUCCGGGAUCUCCUGGAUGAGGACAAGGUCAUUUCUCACGCCGCGUGCCUCAUACAGUUCUAUUUCUACGUGGCCUUCGCCACCACCAAGAGCUACCUGCUGGCAGUCAUGGCCUACGACCGCUACAUGGCCGUCUGCCACCCCCUGCUCUACCCCCUCUCCGUGUCCCGAGGGAUCUGCGUGCUCCUGGUGGCCGGGUCCUGCCUAGCUGGGGUCACCAAUGCCUCCCUGCAACAGGUGGCCCUCAGGCUGAGCUUCUGCGGCCCCAAGAGCAUCGACCACUUCUACUGCGGGGCCCUCUCCUGCACGGACCCCGCGCCCAAAGAGCUGGGCGUGUUCCUCGUGGCGGGCUCCAGCCUGGCCGCCACCGGCCUGGCCAUCCUCCUCUCCUACACCCUCACCCUCAUCCUGGCCACCGCCCUGGGCACGCGCUCGGCCACGAGGAAGCGCAAAGCCUUCUCCACCUGCGCCUCCCCGGGCUCUGUGGCGCUCUUCUACGGAUCCCUGGUGCCCAUGUACUGCCGGCGCAGCUCCAGGAGCUCCCAGCAGCCAGACAAGGUGGCCUCUGUGUUCUACACCAUGGUGACACCCAUGCUGAACCCCUUCAUCUACAGCCUGAGGAACCAGGAGGUGAAGGCCAGGCUCUGGAGACUGAUGGGGAGGAAACAGCUGAAAAAUAGUAUUUCCUUUUUUAUUUGUGUUUGCUGCCUGGUAUUUUAAUUUCAGGAGUUUAAGCCCUUCUUGACCACUUGUAGAGCUUGAGGACCAGGGACUCUUCAUCUCUUCUGAUUACAGCAACUUGGGACCAUUUCCUUCUUUUAGGGAAGAAAAAAAAAAGAGAAACUUUUCUCCAUCUGCCUGAUUGUGACACUCUCUGGUUGUUUAGACAUCAGGACAUCCCAGCUAAAAAUAAAAUGCAGCAGGAGACUUUCGAAAGUGUUCUCCCUUCUUCCCAGUUGGCAGUUGCAGCACUUCUCCAAAUCCCCAGCUGUUUCCCAGUCCCUGAAUCUCUAUUUCUUAACACUGGUUCUUUUUACUUCCCUGUGAUGCCAAGAAGCCAAUUACAUAUUUCAAAGACAAAUGUAUAUAUAUUUAAAAUUAUAUAUAUGAGAAGAAAAAAAAAAGAAAUUCUAUAAACAAACUUUAUUUAAAUACAUAAAGAAAUAUGUAUUAAGAUAUUUAUACAUAUAAAUUUAUAUAUAUAAAAAGAAGUGGGACAUAAACCCUCAGGCUACAAUAUAUAGAAUAUAUAUAUCAAACUUCCUGUCCCAGGCUACAAUAUAUAGAAUAUAUAUAUCAAACUUCCUGAAGCUGAUGAUGUUUACUUACCUGAGUGUCCUAGGUUGACUAUAUGAUGCUUUUAUCCCCAAUCGUCUCAUUCCGUUUAUGCUGAAUAGUAAGUUUUGCACCUUUAAGACUUGCUCCAAGGAUUGAGGGGGGGAGAGGAGGCGCGCAGUUUGUUUUCAGACACUGAACUCACUCCUACACAUUCCUGCUUCUGGACUGUGUGUUUUCUGCGGAUGAACAGACGGCGGGACAGGGCUCUUUUUUUUCCUUGCUUUUUAGUUAGUUUAGCUAGCUGAGGCAAAGAAGUUCCCUGGACUGCACUUUUUUUCCCGUUUUUCCCCUUUCUCUGGACCUGUUCACACCUGCUCUGGACUGAACAACCAUAAGAGCACCAGCAGCUCGCAUCGGUGGGCCGGGCCGGGCCUGGGCCAUGGCAUUUCCAGCGCCGGAGGGACUGAUAAGGGACUGAGUGAGCUGAACUGGAAUCUGGGGAGGGGACUUUCUGGGUGUGUCAUCUCCUUUGGAGCAGCAAGGGGUUUUAUUGUUUAAUAUUAAGUUUUCUUGUUUAAUAAAUAGUUUUUUUCCACUUUUCUCCAAGGAAGUAUUUUCUCCUGGACCGGUUGGGGGAGGGGUGGUAGAAUCCGAUUUCCUAGGGGGGCCCUUUGGGG